UCCGAGUAGGCCAGCUGCACAGUGUGUAAAACAUGUGAUUCAACAAAUGUAUAAAAAAGCUUGGAAGUCAUUCAAAGAACUUUCCAAGGAUGAGAAAGAUGAAUGGUUUGAUAAAUUUAAGGAAAAGUGUACGUGGAAUGUAAUGGAUGAAUAUAUGAUUAGAAAAAAUUAUCGGGGAAGAACAUCUGUCCGACUUUCUGACAUGCUUAGGCGUGUCAGACUUGAUUGGGAAGAACGAAAUAUUCGUCCCAACUGGAUAGGCAAGGAAGUAUUUGACGAACUUCUUGCCUAUUGGGCUACCGAUAAUUUUAAAGCUAAAUCUCAAAAAGCAAAAGACAUGAGAGCAUCCGAAAGGGGGGGUUGCCUUAAUGCUACAGGAAGUAUAAGCAUUGGAGAACAUGCAAAACGGAUGGUAAAAAUUAUAACUACGGUUUAAAAUUAUAUUUUGAUUUAUUAUGUGUUUAAUUAAAUUUAUUUAUAUUAAUCAGACUAAGGCACAAGGAAGACCCCCCGACUUAAUGAGUUGUUUGUGAAGACCCGUACAAAAAAAUCGGGGGAUUUGGUUGAUGAUCGGUCGAGAAGAACUAUAGUAAGUUGUUUCUAUUUUAUUUUUUUUUGUUAAAAUUCUAUCAAUUUUGUGGCGUGAAUUUCACGUGGUAAUAAUGUUUGUGGCAUGAAUUUCAUGUGGCAACAAUAUAUGUGGGAUUCUUUUCAUGUCACAACUGUAUCUAAUUAUUUUAUUUGUUGUAUGUGUAGGAGGAGUAUCAAAGAUUGCUCACACAAUUUCUAGUUGAAAAUCCUCAAUAUACACCUGUUGGUUCUAAUCCGCUUGAUCCACGCGUGGAUAUGUAUAUUUGGAGCUUAGUCACUGGAGGGAAGGGACGUAAUGGGUGUUUUUUUGGUGUUGGUCCUUUGGCUGGCAACUACAGAACCGGAGAUAGAACUUUAUUUGAUAGAGUUGCAAGUGGGGAAGGAACGUCCCGUCCAACACAAUUGACACCUGAAAUGAUGGAAACGGUGAGGCAACUGGCUCUAACAGAGGCUAGACGAGAGACGGCGGAGCGUGAGGCGGCGUUAAAGGCCGAAUUAGAGGAAAUGAAAAAAAGACAACACGAUAUGGAGGAGCAAAUGAGACAAUUUAUGCAGUCCAUGAGUAGAAAUCAAAAUCAAAGAACAAGUGAAGACGAUGAAGAU